AUGCGGGCAUUCCCUUUCUCAUUGAAAGACUCUGCAAAGGAUUGGUUAUACUACCUGCCACCAGAUAGCAUUACCACGUGGGAUCAGUUGCAGAGAAAAUUUCUAGAGAAAUAUUUUCCUGCAUCCAGGGCUGCAAGUCUAAGGAAAGAAAUUUGCGAGAUUAAGCAGCACCUAGAGGAGUCACUCUAUGAGUACUGGGAGCGAUUCAAGAAGUUGUGCCAUAAGUGCCCCCAGCACCAGAUAAGCGAGCAGUUGCUCAUACAGUAUUUUUAUGAGGGGCUCCUUUUCAGAGACAGGAGCAUAAUUGAUGCUGCAAGUGGAGGGGCACUGGUGAACAAAACCCCUCGAGAAGCAAGGGAGUUAAUAGAGGGGAUGACAGAGAAUUCACAACAAUUCGGUACGAGGGAGGAUGUCCCAAUACGCAAGGUGAAUGAGGUAGAGACAUCCUCUAUCCAGCAGCAGCUAACUGAGUUGACCUCGUUUGUUAGGCAACUGGCUGUAGGAAAUGCAUCUCAGGCCAAGGCGUGCGGGAUUUGCCCUGGUAUGGGUCAUUCAACAGACAUGUGCCCAAUGAUUCAAGAAAAAAAUGUGGAGCAAGUAAACAUGGCUGGUUACGCGCCCGCGCCAAGGAAUCAAUAUGACCCAUAUUCGAACACCUACAAUGCUGGUUGGAGGGACCACCCCAACCUCAGUUAUGGAAGGAACAGGCAGUCCAAUUUCGUACUAAAUAAGCAACCAGUGUACCAGCAGCAAUACCAACCCCGACCACCUCCGUCCCCAAGCUCUAGUCCAUCUUUGGAGGAGAUGAUGAAACAGAUGAUGACAACCAUUACACAAAAUCAGCAAAGGACGGAAGCAACCAUUACACAAAAUCAGCAAAGGACGAACUCCGAAAUGCAGGCAAUAAGAAAUCAGAUGAGUCAAAUGGCCACAAAAAUCAACCGUUUGGAGUCCCAAGUAAAUGGAAGAUUGCCAUCCCAACCUGAACUGAACCUAAAGAACGUAAGCGCAAUGACUUUAAGGAGCGGGAAGGAAAUUCAGGGGCCUGAACCUAUGAUCCCUAAGGAUAAGGAUGAGGAAAAGAUCGAAAAUGAACUUGAGAGGGAGGACAGCAAUGGUGCAGAUCUAAAGGUUGGAAAAUCGAAGAAGCAGGACAAGGAGAAAGAGAUCCUAGAGGUGUUUCGCAAGGUAGAGAUCAAUAUCCCCCUACUAGACGCCAUCAAGCAAGUGCCGAAGUAUGCAAAAUUUCUGAGGGACCUAUGUGUCAAUCGAAGGAGGCUGAGGGGAGAUGAAAGAGUUAUUGUUGGGGAGAAUGUGUCAGCAGUUCUCCAAAGAAAGCUACCACCAAAGUGUGGGGAUCCAGGUAGGUUUACUGUCCCAUGCAAGAUAGGUAAUACUCUGAUUAGAAAUACCUUGCUGGACUUAGGAGCAUCGAUCAACGUAAUACCAAAAUCUAUGUAUGCUUCUCUGAAUCUCUGUCCAUUAAAAGAAACCGAGAUAAUAAUUCAAUUAGCUGACCGAACAAAUGCAUACCCUGAUGGGUUGGUCGAGGAUGUGCUGGUUAAAGUUAAUGAAUUAAUAUUCCCGGCUGACUUUUAUGUACUUGACAUGGAUGAUGAUCAUUCCCCUGACCCCUCACCUUUGCUACUAGGUAGACCCUUUUUGAGCACAGCACAGACAAAAAUUGACGUUAAUAAGGGUACAUUGUCCAUGGAAUUUGAUGGAGAACUAGUCCACUUUAAUAUUUUCGAUACAAUGGAACAUCCUGUUAACUCUCACCAUGUGUUUGCUAUUCAUGCUAUUAAUCCAUCUGUGCAAGAAUUUUCUGAAUUUGCUUGUAGGGAUAAAUUCAAACUUACUGAGAACAAGUAUAAGGGGAUGAAAGCACUGUAUGAGGUGAAAAGAAGUAGAAAAUUAAGAAAGAAGGCUGCACUCAAAGGCUAUUUGGAUCCUGGAGGAGGGCCACUGAUUUUCAGGAAAAUUGAGUUACACCCAGAUUGA